ACAUGUGGAUGUUUUCUUGGUUUUGUGCCAGUUUUAUUAUUUUGGUUAUUGCUAGUAUGGACGCAGUAGCCAAGACCACACCAUAUACCAAAUUCACGAAGAAAUCUAAGGGACAAGAGAUGCCAAAGGGCCCAAAGCCAUCCAGUGGCCUACCUCCAGAAGAAGGAGCCCCCUUCAGAGAAGCGGCUGAAAGGGCAGAGCCAACCCCUGACCCCUUAGUCCUCGAUUCUGCCUUUGAUGCUGCCACUCUCUUCCCCUCCAAAAACCUCACUCUUGACACCGCUGAUUUCUUCUUGAAUUGCUGUGAUUGUUGUUCAUCUGGACCAGGGCAAAAGGGAGAACCAGGACAGACUGGAAAGCCAGGUUUUAAGGGAGAGACUGGUGACAUAGGGAUCCCAGGGUCACCAGGAAUUGUUGGACCCCAAGGUCCAAAAGGCCAGAAAGGAGAGAAAGGACUCAAGGGAGAACGUGGAGACCAAGGAGCAAGUGGAGUUCCAGGAUACCCAGGAAAGCCUGGAGAACCAGGUGGAAUUGGUCCUAAGGGGGACACAGGAAACAUUGGCCCAACGGGAGUGAAAGGACAAAAAGGCUUGAAGGGGGACACGAGUGCCAAUGGUACCAAAGGAGAUAAAGGAGACAGAGGGUCUAUAGGAGCACCCGGCUUGAAUGGAGAGCCUGGCGCCAAGGGAGAGAAGGGCGAAGUGGGGGACAAAGGCUACUGUGGAGAUUCUGGGGAGAGGGGAGGAAAGGGAGAAAAAGGCGAGGAGGGCAUGAAAGGAGAGAAAGGCAGCAAAGGAGAUAAUGGAAUGGAAGGGAAAAGUGGCUCAGAUGGCCUGCCUGGGGUGCCAGGUGACCCAGGAGUCAAAGGAGAAAAGGGAGAGUUGGGUCCUCCUGGUCCCGUGGGACCUGUGGGACCCAAGGGCGAGCUGGGGAGCAAAGGGGUCAGGGGGUCGAUCGGGAAGAAGGGUUCUCGGGGCCUCAAGGGCUCCAAGGGGGAGGGGGCCAGAGCCCCACGGUCGGCUUUCAGUGCUGCUUUAUCCAAGCCCUUCCCUCCUCCCAAUGCCCCUAUCAAGUUUGACAAGGUUCUCUAUAAUGACCAAGGGAAUUAUAGCCCUGUCACUGGGAAAUUUAACUGUAGCAUUCCUGGGGCCUAUGUUUUCUCCUACCACAUCACCGUGAGGGGCCGACCUGCUCGGAUCAGCCUGGUGGCCUGGAACAGGAAGCAGUUCAAGUCCAGAGAGACGCUCUCUGGCCAUGAAAUAGACCAGACCUCUCUCUUCAUUAUCCUGAAAUUAAGAGCAGGGGACCAAGUCUGGCUGGAAGUUUCAAAGGAUUGGAAUGGGGUAUAUGUCAGCGCUGAGGAUGACAGCAUUUUUACUGGGUUCCUUUUGUACCCAGAUGAAAACCCUGGCAUUUCACCAUGAUCUUAUGUCUUCAACAGUGUAGUUUGGGUUUAGUAGAAGUCAAGUAACAUUGGGUAGUGCUGUUGGAAAAAAUAACCUUCAUUAUUUUCAUGAUUAUAAAAAUAAUACAGAAAAAU